GCAGGAUCUAACCAACAAAUCAAAGGAACCUCUUUAAGGCGGUCGCAUCACAUACUGAAAAGGCAAUGUUUGCCAAAAAGAAAAAGAAACCACAAAUAUCUACUCCGACAAAUUUUGAACAUCGUGUACAUACAGGGUUUGAUAAGCGUGAGGGAAAAUUCAUCGGGCUUCCACUUCAGUGGGCUUCUAUUGUUGGAAACAAUCAAAUUUUGAAAUCCACAAAUAGACCAUUACCCUUGGUAGAUCCAAGUGAAAUUACACCUACAGAAAUUCUAGAUUUGAAAACUAUUGUUCGGGGACAUAAUGAUCCUAAAGGAAGGACGUCUACUGGAGAAAAAAGUACUGAAAAUGGAUUACCCAAAACCAGCACCGUUGCCAGAUCUAAUUCUCUUCGUUCUUCAAGCCCACCAAGACUCAGAAGAGAUUAUAGGCAUAACAGUAAUUUGCCACCAUCCGUGCCAGAAGGACAAGAAAUACCAUCCAGUACUAAUCAAGUACAAGGAUAUGCUAACUUUGGAAAACAACAUAAUUACCUUGAUAAAUUACGGCAGAAUUCUUCCAAUGUUAUAGGUGGAUUGAAUCCUAAUGCGCAAAAUAUGAUUCCAAAUCUUCAAAAUCUUAAUCCAAACAUGCAGUCAUCUCCUAAUUUAACACAUGCUGGAUCGAAUGCCCCGAAUUUGUCUUUAAAUUUCCAAAAUUUGAGUCCCAUUACAACUCCACAAUGUCCUACGCAAAGUCCAAGUACUCCUCAAUUAGCAGAGUCUGAAUUCCAUAGGUUAACAAACGCUCAAAUGACCACAGUGUCUGGUCAAUACAAUGGGAAUGUUCAGAUUUCAAACAUCGAGCCAUCCUCGAGGGACCAACAAAUCACUCAAAAUACUCUCUUACAUAAGUUGCAACCUAAAAUUUCACCCGUAGGGUCUAUCGCUUCACAGCGACCACUGAGUCAAUUGAGUACACAUAAUGUUAAUAAAUAUUCACAAGCGUAUAGUACACCAGAAAAUUCAUCAAUUUUGCAACCUCAUAUAAAGAAACCUAUCGAGACAUCUCAGUCGAUGCAUAAUUUAUCAAAGUCGAAUCUACCGUCCUCCGGAAAUAGUGCGACUCCGGAUCAAAAUCAGAACAUGAAAAGCGCUCUGUCUUCGGGAAAUCUAGCAGUUGGUUCAGGCUCGAGUACAUCUAAUAAACAAACAGCGGAACAGAGACUCACUCACGAACAAUUUCGAGCGGCCUUACAGAUGGUGGUAAGUCGAGGUGACCCAAGAGAAAAUUUAGAAAAUUUCCUUAAAAUCGGUGAAGGUAGUACUGGAACGGUAUGUAUAGCAACUGAGAAAAAUACAAAUCGGCAAGUGGCAGUGAAAAAAAUGGACUUGAGAAAACAACAGAGACGUGAAUUACUUUUUAACGAAGUGGUUAUCAUGAGAGAUUAUCAUCAUCCAAAUAUUGUCGAAAUGUACGACAGUUUCUUGGUAGACGACGAAUUGUGGGUAGUGAUGGAAUAUCUGGAAGGUGGAGCGCUUACGGAUAUUGUUACGCAUUCUCGCAUGGACGAAAGUCAGAUAGCCACAGUUUGUUCUCAAUGUUUGAAGCCACUUGCGUAUUUGCAUUCCCAAGGUGUUAUUCAUAGGGACAUCAAGUCCGAUUCCAUAUUAUUAACGGCUGACGGUAGGGUAAAGUUAUCCGACUUUGGAUUUUGUGCUCAAGUAUCGCAGGAGUUGCCAAGGCGAAAAUCUCUCGUUGGAACGCCGUACUGGAUGAGCCCAGAAGUAAUUUCCAGGUUACCAUAUGGUCCCGAAGUAGACAUUUGGUCAUUAGGUAUAAUGAUUAUCGAAAUGGUUGAUGGAGAACCACCAUUUUUUAACGAACCUCCUCUACAAGCUAUGAGACGUAUUAGAGAUAUGCCUCCGCCAAAAUUGAAAAAUUCACAUAAAGUCAGCCCACGUCUUCAAGGUUUUCUGGAAAGAAUGCUCGUUCGAGAUCCGGCACAAAGAGCUACGGCAACUGAAUUGUUGCAACAUCCGUUUCUUAGGCAGGCGCAAAGUCCAAGUAUUUUAAUCCCACUGAUGAGAGGAUCCAGGCAUACGAACUGUUGACACGUCGAUGUAAAAAAGAAGGAACGCGGUAACUGAUUCAUUA